AACAAUGCUGGAUAUUGUGUUCACUUUGGAGAUGCUGAGCUGUCACUCAUGUCCACUUACAGAGGCUGCAUGGAAGUGAAUUUCUUUGGGACACUGGAGAUCACUAAAGCUUUGUUACCCAUGUUACGCAGUUCUAAAGGACGAAUUGCGACUAUUGGCAGCCCAGCUGGUGAGCAUUCAUUCCCGUUCUUGGCUGCCUAUGGAUCUUCCAAAGCUGCUCUAUGUCGAGUAAUGGACACAUUUCGCCAUGAGCUGAUGCCUUGGGGAGUUAAAGUCAGUGUGAUACAGCCAGGAUCC